AUGUUUGUUGUGUCGUUUUUUCGUGGAUUGGACAUUGUGAAGUGGAUUCAACGUACGAGGGAAUGUGCAUUGGACCUGCUGACACCACGGCGUGAGGUACUUGAUAGAGCUGAGACGGGUUCAACGUGA